AUGACUAAUGUUUUGCUAAUGGGAGUAUUUGAAAGAAUAUGUCUUACAUCCUCGUCAGAUGACUUACUAAAUGCAAGUUUAGAAUUUCCUGUCACUCCCAGUAUCGUGACCCAGGCUUCCUAUUCACAUCAGAAAACAUCAUUAUUUGUGAAAGUAAUUGCAAAUCUCCAUUGUUUCAUUCCCACCAUCUGUGAAGAACAGGAGAAGAACCACUUUGUUAACAAAUUUCUGGAGUACUUGCAAAUGGAUGUAUCCAACACAUUGCCCAGAUUUUCCUUUGCUUCUGAUACUUCUAAAGCUGCAACUGUUUGCAGAAAUCUGCGUUCGUUGAUAAGUCAUGCAGAAUCAUUAAUUCCCAAUUUUUUGAAUGAGGAGGACGUACAGCUCCUAAGGGUUUUCUCCAAGCAUUUAGAAUCAUUAAUCACUUCGGCUGAAUUUGAAGCAAACCGAGUUCAGACAAAGAAACACAAGGAGUCAAUGUAUAUAGAUGAAUUCGCUAAACUCAACAUCAAUGAUCAUCAUCAGGUAAAAGUUGGCAUUUUUCCCGUCUUCUAGGUGGAGUCAAAAUGCUCGUAGUUAUACUUGCACUGUAUGGCCACAUUAUUAAGUUGACGCGUUUCAAUGUGUACUUUGGUAUGACAAGCUUCACGAACACAAUAAACUUUAACAUGAGACUCGUAGCAAUGGGGAGACAAACUGAUUAGUAUCUUUGAAAUAUACAUUAAUAGUCACUGUUGCAUGCUUAAUUCAAUAUUUUAAGAUAAUAGAUUGGCCAUUGGAGUUUGCUAACAGUGUAGUAGUUAUUUCUCAACAUAGUGACCUGAGAGUAAAGUUUGAUUCCUGGUAGGAGGGUCGGUCCGAGUACUGGAGGAUGUGCGCCGCCAUUAUUGAGUAAACAACCUUCUAAGCUUAAUAACAGAAGUGCUAACCUAGAGGAAAUGUCUGAGAAUUCUGAUUUUCAAGAUGCGGACCAAGUUGAUGUCAGGGAAGGCAAAGGUGUAUCUAGGAAUGCAUCUCUAGACGUUUUAGGGUGUACGAAAGAGAUGCUCAUAAUGUUGAAACAAGUGGUUCAGACACAAGCUCAUCAGAUGGAAAACAGUGAAUAUCCAAAGUUGAGUGCACACAUAAAAGAAAGUGGAUAUGGGGGAACCCCGGCCAGAGGAUGAAAAGGUUGAAACUCUUCCUUCUGACGAAAAGCAGCGGAGAAAACGCAAACGAACAAUAAUGAAUGAUAUGCAGGUGGAGCUUGUUGAGAGAGCCCUAGUGGAUGAACCUGAUAUGCAGCGAAAUGCAGCCUCAAUACAAUCAUGGGCUGAGAAAUUAAGUUUUCAAGGUUCCAAGGUUACAUGUGCACAAGUAAAAAAUUGGUAUACCAUCCCCAUUUUUCCUGUAUUUGUUUCUUCAAGGCAUUGCUUAAAACUACUUUCAGUAUCCUAAUAGCUUAAAACAUCAAUGUUUUGCAUCUCCGCAGGUUAAACAAUCGAAAAGCCAGGCUAGCCCGCACAGCUAAGGAUGUUCGUGCAACACCAGAGGCUGACAAUGCUUUGCCAGACAAGUAAGGUGGGCGGGGCCAAAGGUCCAACAUCUCCCCCGAUAGUCCUGGUAGAGAUGCUUCCGCCCAACUAAAUGCUAGGAGAGAUCCUCAAACCAUGUUGAGAACUGCUAUGCCAGCGGUAGCUGAGAAUAACGUGGCAGAAGCAGUUGCCAGUUGUCCUGCAGAAUUUGUACAGUGCAAGCAAGGUGACUCUGUUGUGCUGGUAGGCGCAAAUGGAGAGAAGCUCGGAAUUGGAAAUGUGUUUCAGGUGCGUGGCCAAUGGUACGGUAGGAACUUAGAAGAGCUGAGGACGUAUGUUGUGGAUGUUAAAGAGCUUAAAGCUCGAAGGGCAACGAGGCUUCCGCACCCAUCUAUGGCCACGGGCGUUUCAUUUGAGGAGGCAGAAACAAAGAUUGGCGUAAUGAGGGUGUUGUGGGAUUCGAACAUGACUUUAUCGUCCUCAAUGAGUUAUAUGCAAGUAAAAGGUUAAAUGCCCUCGGCCUCAU